AUGACGCCCCCGGGCCCUCCUCUUGUCCCCGCCGCUCCUCUCUUCUCCCCGGGUCCUGGUGCUCGUGUCUCUGCUGCUCCUCUGGGUUCUUCUCCUCGUGUCCCCCGGGUCCCCCUCUCGUCCCCGGGUCUGGGUCUGGGUCCAGGUCCUGCUCCUCGUGUCCCCCCGGCCCCCGUCUCGUCCACGGGUCUGGGUCUGGGUCCAGGUCCUGCUCCUCGUGUCCCCCCGGCCCCCGUCUCGUCCCCGGGUCUGGGUCUGGGUCCAGGUCCUGCUCCUCGUGUCCCCCCGGCCCCCGUCUCGUCCCCGGGUCUGGGUCUGGGUCCAGGUCCUGCUCCUCGUGUACCCUCGGCCCCCCUCUCGUCCCCGGGUACGGGUGCGUGGCUCGGGCCCUGCGGAAGCUCCAGGGGCCGCGCUCCGCUCCGCUGGCUGAGAUCGAGGCUCUUCUCUCGGGGCGGCUCUCUGCUCUUCGCGCUGCUCUGGUUCGGGUCCUGGUUGGUCCUGAACGGCGUCGUCCUGGUCCACAGACGGAUCACGUCCGACUUCUGCUCCGACGAACACAGCCGAGAGAUCCUGCACAACCUGACUGGUUCAAAUGGAUCUAAAGCAGAGCGUCUGCUGCUCGUGUGCUGUGCUGCUGCACUCGUGCCGUUGCGCUUUGGUGUGAACUGGGGGCAGAGCCAGCAGGUGGAGCUCUACGUCUACGAACUCCUGGAGGAGCUGAAGAGGAAGAUGAAGCCGUCCGACGCUGCACAUCUGGAGGAUCCGUUCUCGUGCCUUCAGCCCGACCCCAAACACAGGACGCGCUGCACUUCCUGUUUGCCGUGCUGCUGCUUCGCUCUGAUUGGUCAGCUGUGCCACAGGAACACAGAGGCGCUCGUCAAAGCCACUAAACUGUCCCUGGGCUCGUUGAAGAGGAGGCUGUUUGUGCACAAGCUCCACAGCGCCUCCUGUGCUCCUCCUCUGUUCAGGACGGACAUAGAGCUGAGCAUCCCCAGCGUGGUGCUCCAGCCCAGUCUGGACCACAUACAGGUCUCCGUGAACAGACUCGUGUCUCUGCUCCUGUCUGUGACUAAAGACGUUCCUCUGUGGACCUACGCCCACCUGCACCACCUCCAGCAGCAGGUGCAACCCACACCUGUGGAUCAGGCUGCAGGAGGAGACGUCCCUGUGAAGAAUCCUGUUCUGAAACCUGUCGAGAGACUCGUGUCAGAACACAAAGACAUCAGCAAGUUGGUGUUGCAGUUAGGAGCCGCGGUGUCGUCGCUCAGAUUCUCCACGGUCGAGACUUUAAACGGACUCACACACUUCUCCUCCCUCUGGCUCCAGGAUCCAGAGGAGCAGGUCCAGGUUUUCCUCGAGUCCAAACCGUCUCUGCCCGAGUUCAGCGCCCAGAUCCAACAUUACUCUGACCUGGAGUCCCAGGUCGAGUCCGUCUCUGGUCUCUGGACCGUGGGCUGGUUGGUCCUGGACUCGGCCCGGUUCAAACGCUCCGUUAAGUCCGUCUGCGCUCAGUGGAAGCGAGCGUUUGGCUCCGCCCUGAACCGCCGGGCGUCCGCGCACAUGGACCAGGUCUCCUCCUUCGUGGACGCGGCCAUCAAACGUCUGCAGCGACCGAUCACGGACCUGGAGGACGUCCGCGGCGCCAUGGCGACGCUCCGACAGAUACGAGACGAGGAAAUUCACAUCGACGCCUCCAUCGCUGAGAUCGAAGAAACUGUCUCCCUCCUCCUCAAACACCAACUGCACUUCAACACCGAGAAAACAGACGCCCUGCAGUACCACUGGAGCCAGCUGCAGGCGCUAGUGGUCCAGACCCAGGACUCUCUGAUCCAAAUGGAGCCCAGGAUGAAGACGGAGCUGCUGACGUCAGUGCAGAGCUUCCAGAUCAACGUCAAGACCUUCUGCCAAGACUACAACCAACGUGGUCCUGGGGUGGAGGGCCUGGCUCCCUCUGAGGCCUCUGAGCGUCUGCAGAACUUCAACCGGACCAUGGAGGAGCUGUGGAGCAGGUUCAUCACCUGCUCAGGAGGAGAGGAGCUGUUCGGACUCACCGUCAGCGAGUACCCGGAGCUGCAGAAGAUCCGCCGGGAACUGUCUCUUCUCUCUAAACUCUACUCUCUGUACGACUGUGUGAGCGCCACCGUCAGGAGAUACCACGAACUGCGCUGGACUCAACUGGACGUCGACAAGAUCAACGCCGAGCUGCAGGACUUCCAGAACAGGAUCAGGAAGUUGCCCAAAGCUCUGAAGGAGCGACAGGCGUUUAAAGACCUGAAGAAAACCAUCGACGACUUCACCGACACCUGCCCCCUGCUCUGCAUGAUGGCCAGCAAGGCUCUUCUGCCUCGUCACUGGGAGCGUCUCUCUGAAGUCACCGCCCACAGUUUCCAGGUUCAGUCCGAGUCGUUUUGUCUCCGAGACGUCAUGAAGGCUCCACUGCUGCAGCACAAAGACGACAUCGAGGACAUAUGCGUGAGUGCGCUCAAACAGAAGGACAUCGAGUCCAAACUGCGGGAGGUGCAGGACGAGUGGAGCGCUCACAGUCUGAGCUUCGCCCCCUUCAGGACUCGAGGGGAACUGCUGCUCAGAGGAAGUGACAUCACAGAGAAACUGUCCAACAUGGAGGACAGUCUGAUGGUCCUGACGUCCCUGCUCAGCAACAGGUACAACGCUCCGUUCCGGCCUCAGAUCCAGCAGUGGGUUCAGAAGUUGUCGGGUUCUGCUGAAAUCCUGGAGAAGUGGCUCAGUGUCCAGAACCUGUGGAUUUACCUGGAGGCCGUGUUUGUGGGAGGAGACAUCGCCAAGCAGCUCCCUCAGGAGGCGAGGAGGUUCCAGGUCAUCGAUAAGUCGUGGCAGAGGAUCAUGCAGCGCGCCCACGAUGUGCCCAACGUCCUGCAGUGCUGCGUGGGCGACGACACCCUCACACAGAUGUUUCCUCACCUGUUGGAGCAGUUGGACGUGUGUCAAAAGUCUCUGUCUGGAUAUUUGGAGAAGAAGCGUCUGAUCUUCCCCAGGUUUUUCUUCGUGUCAGAUCCGACUCUGCUGGAGAUUCUGGGCCAAGCCUCGGACUCACACACCAUCCAGGUUCACCUGCUCAGUCUCUUCGAUAACUUGAACCGCGUCGUCUUCAACGAGAAAAACUACGACCAGAUGUUGAGUUUUGAGUCUCAGGAGGGAGAGAGCGUCGACCUGACUCAACCUGUCCUGGCCCAGGGGAACGUGGAGGUGUGGUUGGGGCAGCUGCUGUCCUCCGUCCGACUGACCCUCCACGACAUCAUCCGCCGCGCCCACGUCACCAUCUCCGAGUCCGAGUCCAAGUCCGAGUCCAAGUCCGAGUCUGCGCUCAAAAUGGACGACUUCCAGAACCGGUUCCCCGCUCAGGUCGGACUGUUGGGACUUCAGAUGAUCUGGACCAGAGACGCAGAGAAAGCCCUGCUCCUCAGCCGCUCGGACAAGAAGGUGAUGGCGGCGACGAAUCAGAAGUUUCUGGAUCUUCUGAACGAGCUGAUCGACAUGACGACCAGAGACCUGAGCCGCAACGACCGCACCAAGUACGAGACCCUGAUCACCGUCCACGUCCACCAGAGGGACAUCUUCAACCACCUGGAAACAUGCCGACUGACCGAGGAACACGAAUCUGGAACGCAGCUGACCGACGUAACACACCUGACCGACAGGUCACCUGACCGACCCCCUGACCGACCUGACCGACAGGUAACGCCCCUGACCGACAGACGCCACUGGACACUGGACACUGGACACUGGACACGCCCCCACAGACACUCGUGUGAACUGGACGCCAUGACGCAGCUUAAUGCAGAGUCACUCUGCUGUGAGUCGGUGAUUUUCAGCGCCCCUGUCAGUGAGCGCCCCUGUCAGUGCUACAUCACUCUGUCUCAGGCGCUGGGCAUGAGUCUGGGAGGAGCUCCUGCAGGUCCCGCUGGAACAGGUAAAACGGAGACGACCAAAGACAUGGGUCGGUGUUUGGGGAAGUACGUGGUCGUGUUCAACUGCUCCGACCAGAUGGACUAUAGAGGCCUGGGCCGCAUCUACAAAGGUCUGGCUCAGUCCGGGGCCUGGGGUUGCUUCGAUGAGUUUAAUCGCAUUGAUCUUCCCGUCCUGUCGGUGGCGGCGCAGCAGAUCCACAUCGUGCUGCAGUGUAAGAAGAACAAGAAGAAGAGCUUCAUGUUUUCAGACGGAGACGAGGUCGAGAUGGACCCUGAGUUUGGCAUCUUCCUCACCAUGAACCCGGGAUACGCCGGGCGCCAGGAGCUGCCUGAGAACCUGAAGAUCCAGUUCCGGACUGUGGCCAUGAUGGUCCCGGACCGAGCGAUCAUCAUGAGGGUGAAACUGGCCAGCGCCGGCUUCAGGGACAACGAGAGUCUGAGCCGCAAGUUCUACACACUCUACAAGCUCUGUGAGGAACAGCUCUCCAAACAGGUCCAUUACGACUUUGGUCUGAGGAACAUCUUGUCUGUUCUUCGGACUCUUGGCUCCGUGAAAAGACAAAACCCCACAGAACCUGAGGCCACUGUGGUCAUGAGGGUCCUCAGGGACAUGAACCUGUCCAAACUGGUGGAUGAAGACGAGCCUCUGUUCAUGAGUCUCAUCAACGACCUGUUUCCUGGAAUCGUGGUGGAUAAAGCGGACUACCCCGACCUGCAGAGGGCGAUCCAGAGUCAGUGUGAGCGCAGUGGGCUGGUGCCUCACAGCGCCUGGGUCCUCAAAGUGGUGCAGCUGUACGAGACACAGAGAGUCCGACACGGUCUGAUGGCUCUGGGUCCGAGUGGUUCUGGAAAGUCCUCUUGUAUCCGGACUCUGAUGGCGGCGCUGGGAUGGUGUGGAGCUCCUCACAGGGAGAUGAGGAUGAACCCCAAGUCCAUCACGGCGCCGCAGAUGUUCGGGACCCUGGACCCGACCACCAACGACUGGACCGACGGCAUCUUCUCCACGCUCUGGAGGAGGACUCUGAGGGCCAAGAAGGGGGAGCACAUCUGGAUCGUUCUGGACGGUCCGGUCGACGCCAUCUGGAUCGAAAAUCUCAACUCGGUUUUAGACGACAACAAAACUCUGACUCUGGCCAACGGAGACCGGAUCCCCAUGGCCCCCUGCUGCAAGAUCGUGUUCGAGCCCCAUAACAUCGAUAACGCGUCCCCGGCCACGGUGUCUCGUAACGGGAUGGUGUUCAUGAGCGAGUCGGUGCUCGGCUGGAGGCCCCUGCUCCAGGCCUGGACCCAGACUCUGCCCCCGCCCCAGAGACAGGAGCUGGAGAAACACUUCCACGGCUGCUUCCAGGACGUUCUGGACUUCGUGUGGACCGCGGUCAGUCCAAAGAUGCAGGUGCUGGAGUGUAUGUACAUCCAGCAGACCAUCACCCUGCUGCAGGGUUUGUUGAUGUCGGUGGAGGAGAAGCAGGUCGGUGCGGAUCACGUGAGUCGUCUGUUCUCAUUCGCCCUCAUGUGGGCACUGGGGGCACUGCUGGAGCUGGACGACAGAGCCAAGAUGGAGGACUUCCUCAAGAGUCACAGUUCUGCUCUGGACCUGCCCAAGACCGAACCGGACCAGAACAUCUUCGAGUUUACGGUGAAUCAGCUCGGACAAUGGGAGCACUGGGCCAAUAAGGUCCCGGACUACGUUUAUCCCAGAGACCAGACCCCGGACUUGGGCUCGAUCCUGGUCCCGAACGUGGACAGCGUCAGGACGGACUUCCUGCUCCGGAUCGUCUCCAAACAGAAGAAGGCGGCGCUGCUGAUCGGAGAACAGGGAACCGCCAAGACCAUCAUGAUCCAGGGUUACCUGGGGAAAAUGGCGUGUGACUCUCACCUGUGGAAGUCGUUGAGUUUCUCGUCGGCGACUCUUCCCGUCAUGUUCCAACGCUCCGUGGAGAGUUACAUCGACAAACGCGUGGGCGCCACCUACGGGCCGGCGGCGGGACGCAGCAUGAGCCUGUUCAUCGACGACAUCAACAUGCCCGCCAUCAACGAGUGGGGCGACCAGAUCACCAAUGAGAUCGUGCGUCAGCUGAUGGAGCAGGGGGGGUUCUACAGCCUGGAGCGUCCAGGAGACUUCAUCCAUGUGGUGGACGUCCAGCUGGUGGGGGCCAUGAUCCACCCGGGCGGAGGCAGAAACGACAUCCCGCAGCGUCUGAAGAGGCAGUUCUGCAUCUUUAACUGCCCCCUCCCGUCCAACGCCUCCAUCGACCGCAUCUUCAGCGCCCUGGCUCAGGGACACUUCUGCCCGGAGAGGGGCUUCGGUCCCGGGGUGUGUGCGCUGGCAGCUGCCCUCGUGCCCACCACCAGAAGAGUGUGGCAGGCCGUCAAAGCCAAGAUGCUGCCGUCUCCAGCCAAGUUCCACUACAUCUUCAACCUGAGAGACCUGAGCCGAAUCUGGCAGGGGAUGCUGAGUGUUCAGUCUGAGGUGUGCGUGAACGAGGAGCUGCUCUCCGCUCUUUUCCAUCACGAAGUCUCCAGAGUCGUCGCCGACAGAUUCACCGACCAAUCAGACACAGACGCCUUCAGUGACAUCAUCAGCAAGAUCACCGCUGAGGAUCAUGGGAAGGCCCUCACUGAGCACGCUCACUGGAACUGCACCUUUGUGGACUUCCUGCGCGACGCUGCCGAGGCGACGGGAGACGAACCCGAGGAGGCGGAGCUAGAGGCGCCUAAAUUGUAUGAGCCGGUUCCGUCUCUGGACGUGUUGUCGGAGCGUCUGUCGUUUUUCCAGCUUCAGUACAACGAGGCGGUGAGGGGCGGGGCCAUGGACCUCGUCUUCUUUCAGGACGCCAUGGUUCACCUGAUGCGUGUGUCUCGGGUUCUUCGUACUCCUCGGGGGAACGCUCUGCUCGUGGGGGUCGGGGGGUCGGGGAAACAGAGUCUGACCCGACUCGCCUCCUUCAUCGCCGGACACCAGACCUUCCAGAUCACCCUGACCAGGUCGUACGGCUGCUCAAACCUCCUGGACGACCUGAGGUUUCUGUACAGACUGAGCGGACACCAGGGCCGAGGAGUCACCUUCCUCUUCACCGACAACGACAUCAAGGACGAAGCUUUUCUCGAGUACCUGAACACGGUGUUGGCGAGUGGGGAGGUUCCGGAUCUGUUUUCUCGGGACGAACUCGAUGACAUCACUCAGGACCUGACCUCCGACCUGAAGAGACACGCCCCCAAACGACCUCCGACCCCCGAGAACCUCUACGCCCACUUCCUGUCCCGAGUCCGAGCAAAUCUGCACCUGGUCCUGAGUUUCUCCCCGAUCGGAGACAAGUUCAGGUCCAGAGCCCUGAAGUUCCCAGGUCUGAUCUCUGGUUGUACCGUGGACUGGUUCCAUCGUUGGCCCAAAGAGGCUCUGGUGGCCGUGUCCCGUCACUUCCUGUCUGAAUAUUCUGAGCUGCGCUGCCCCCCGCAGGUCAAAGAGAGCGUCGUCCUGUCCAUGGGAAUCUUCCAGGACGUGGUGGCCGAGCGCUGUGGUCAGUACUUUGAGCGUUUCCGGCGUCAGAUCUUCGUCACACCGCGCUCCUUCCUCUCCUUCAUCAACAGCUACAAACUCAUCUACAGCGAGAAGAUCCUCCUCCUGAAGACGCUGAGCCAGCGCAUGCACACAGGUCUGAGUAAACUCCUGGAGGCGGAGCAGUCUGUCUCUGAGCUCUCGGAGCAGCUGGUGCUGAAGGAGCAGGAGUUGGCCGGCGCCUCCCAGAGGUCGGAGGCGGUACUGCAGGAGGUGACGGAGAAGGCCCGAGCCGCUGAGAAGGUGAAGCUGCAGGUGCAGAAGGUGAAGGACAAAGCUCAGACGAUCGUGGACGAGAUCGAGGCCGAUAAAUCUGUCGCCGAGUCCAAACUGGAGGCGGCAAAACCUGCGCUGGAGGCAGCAGAGGCGGCGCUGCAGACGAUCAAACCGGGCGACAUCGCCACAGUGAGGAAGCUCCAGAAACCUCCACAUCUCAUCAUGAGGAUCAUGGACGCAGUCCUGCUGCUGUUCCAGAGGAAGAUUGACCCGGUGACCCCUGACCCCGAGCGACCCUGCCCUCGUCCGUCCUGGGCUGAAGCCAUGAAGCUGCUGCAGAACUCCGCCUUCCUCAGCUCCCUGCUCAACUUCAGCAAGGAUUCCAUCACAGAGGAGGUGGUGGAGCUCGUGGCCCCGUACCUGCAGAUGGACGACUACAACAUGGACUCGGCCAAGAGAACCUGCGGUAACGUGGCAGGACUCUGCUCCUGGACACAGGCCAUGGUCGACUUCUACGCCAUCAACAAGGAAGUCCUGCCGCUGAAGUCUAAUCUGGCUCUUCAGGAGGCUCGUCUCCUUGUGGCUCAGGCUGAACUGACCAAAGCUCAGGAGCAGCUCGACGCCAAACAGAAGGAACUGGACCAAGUUCAGGUUUUGUACGACGCAGCGAUGAAGGAGAAGCAGGACCUGGAGGACGACGCUCAGAACUGCAGAAGAAAAAUGUCCAACGCCACCGCUCUUAUAGACGGACUCGGAGGAGAGAAGGUGCGGUGGACCAGCUCGUGCUCAGGUCUUGAGGCUCAGAUGGAGAGUCUGGUGGGAGACGUGCUGCUCUCCUCUGGGUUCCUCUCGUACUCUGGGCCCUUCAACCAGGAGUUCAGGGAUCUGCUGCAGGAACUCUGGAAGAACCUGAUGGAGGAGCACCACAUCCCCUUCAGCCAGGACAUAGACGUGUCGUCUCUGCUGGUCGACUCGGGGACGGUGGGGGUGUGGUCUCUUCAGGGUCUCCCCUCAGACGCUCUGUCGGUGCAGAACGGCAUCAUCGUGACCAAAGCCCCGCGCUUCCCUCUGCUCAUCGACCCCCAGGGACAAGGCAAGACCUGGAUCCAGAACCGCGAGAGAGAGCGCCUCCUGCAGGUGACGUCUCUGAACCAUAAGUACUUCCGCUCUCACCUGGAGGACUGUCUGUCUCUGGGGCGCCCCCUGCUGAUCGAGGACGUGGGUCACGAGCUGGACCCGGUGCUGGACAACAUCCUGGACAAGAACUUCAUCAAGUCUGGAUCUUCCUUCAAAGUGAAGGUGGGGGACAAAGAGGUGGACGUGUUGAAGGGUUUCUGUCUCUACAUCACCACCAAACUGUCCAACCCGGUGUUCAGCCCCGAGGUGAGCGCCCGCGUCGCUGUGGUCGACUUCACCGUGACGCAGAGAGGCCUCGAGGACCAGCUGCUGGGACGAGUCAUCCUCAUCGAGAAACAGGAGCUGGAGGCGGAGCGUGUGACCCUGGUGGAGGAGGUGACGUUGAAUCGCAGGAGGAUGCAGGAGCUGGAGGACAGUCUCCUGCUCAGACUCAGCUCCACACAAGGAUCUCUGGUGGAGGACGAGUCCCUCAUCCAGGUCCUACAGGUCACCAAGACCACGGCUCAGGAGGUGAGCGAGAAGCUGUCGAUCGCGGCGGAGACGGAGGUGAAGAUAAACCAGGCGCGUGAGGAGUUCCGCCCCGUGGCCACCAGGGGCAGUAUCCUGUACUUCCUGAUCGUGGAGAUGUCGGCGGUGAACGUCAUGUACCAGACUUCGCUCCGACAGUUCCUGGGCCUGUUCGACUCGUCCAUGAAGAACUCCGGCCGCUCUCCGGUCACCGCCAAACGGAUCGGGAACAUCGUGGAGUACCUCACGCGCCACGUGUUCACCUACACCUGCAGAGGCCUGUACGAGGAGCACACGCUGCUCUUCACUCUGCUCCUCGCCCUGAAGAUCGACCUGCAGGCAGGAACCAUCUCCCAACAAGAGGUCCUCACCUUCAUCAAAGGAGGAGCGUCUUUGGACCUGAACUCUGUGGAGCCGAAGCCGACAAGGUGGGUUCUGAUGGGCUGCGGUCGGGUUCUGGUGGGUUCUGAUGGACUGCGGUCGGGUUCUGGUGGGUUCUGAUGGGCUGUGGUUGUGCAGGUGACCCAGGGCGAGCGCUGGUGGAAGUCCUGGUUCGAUCAUCCGGCGCCUGAAGAAGCGGUUCUGCCCGACGGGUACGAGACCCAACUGGACCCGUUCAGGAGACUUCUGCUGGUGCGGAGCUGGUGCCCAGACCGGACCAUCGCCCAGGCUCGUCAGUACAUCGGUUCCUCUCUUGGUUCCUCGUUCACUGAGGGUCUGGUCCUGGACCUGGAGGGUCUGUGGGCGGAGGCGGACUGCAGGACUCCUCUGGUGUGUCUUCUGUCCAUGGGCUCUGACCCCACGGAGAACAUCGAGAGACUCGCCAAGACCAAGGGGGCAGUGUGUCGGUCCGUGUCCAUGGGGCAGGGGCAGGAGGUUCAGGCUCGCAGACUCUUGUCUCGCAGCUGCGCAGACGGAGGUUGGCUGCUGCUGCAGAACUGUCACCUGGGCCUGCACUUCCUGGACGAGCUGCUGGACAGCGUCACCUGUGGACGGGACGAGGAACUGCACCCGGGACUCAGAGUCUGGAUCACCACCGACGUCCACCACAAGUUUCCCAUCACGUUCCUCCAGUCGUCCAUCAGGUUCACAAACGAACCUCCUCUGGGGAUGAAGGCCGGUCUGAAGAGGACUUUUGGAGGUCUGACCCAGGAGCAGCUGGACUUCAGUGACCUGCCCCAGUGGAGACCUCUGCUGUUCGCCGUGGCCUUCCUCCACACCACCGUCCAGGAGCGUCGUAAGUUCGGGGCUCUGGGCUGGAACAUUCCGUAUGAGUUUAAUCAGGCCGACUUCACCUCCAGCCUCCAGUUUGUCCAGAACCUCCUGGACAACACGGACCCGAAGAGAGGAGUGGACUGGACCUGCCUCAGAUACAUGCUCGGUGAGGUCCAGUACGGCGGCAGAGUGACCGACGACCUGGACAAGCGUCUGCUGAACACGUUCACUCAGGUUUGGUUCGGUGAAAACCUCUUCACCCAAACCUUCUGCUUCUACAAAGGAUACGGCCUCCCAGAGAAGAUCUGCAACCUCCAGCAGAUCCUCCAGCACCUGGACGAGCUGCCCACCGUCGACUCCCCGGAGGUUUUCGGGCUCCACCCAAACGCUGACAUCACCUACCAAACAAAUCUGGCCAAUCAGACGCUGAGCACCAUCAUCAACAUCCAACCAAAGGACGGAGGGGGCGGAGCCGGAGAGACCAGAGAGAGCAGUGUGCAAAGACUGGCCAAUGAGAUGUUAGAGAAGCUACCGCCCGACUACGUCCCCCACGAGGUUCGGUCUCAGCUGCAGACUCUGGGGCCUCUUCAGCCAAUGAACAUUUUCCUCAAACAGGAAGUCGACCGAAUGCAGCGAAUCAUCAGCCGAGUUCGGAGCACGCUCAGUGACCUGCAGCUCGCCAUCGACGGUUCUAUCGUGAUGUCUGAGGAGCUUCGUGAUGCCCUCGACUGUCUGUUUGACGCCCGUGUGCCCGCGGCGUGGCACAGGCUCAGUUGGGCGUCUGCGUCUCUGGGCUUCUGGUUCAGUGAGUUUCUGGAGAGGAACCUUCAGCUCUGCUCCUGGAUCUGCUCUGGAAGACCUCACACCUUCUGGCUCACCGGCUUCUUCAACCCUCAGGGUUUUCUGACGGCGAUGCGGCAGGAGACGACCCGUCAGAACCAGGCCAGGGGCUGGGCCCUGGACUCGGUGACGCUCAGUAACGACGUGACCAGACUGAUGAAGGAGGACGUGUCGGCCCCGCCCCCUGAGGACGUGGGCGGAGUCUACAUCUACGGACUCUUCCUGGACGGCGCCGGGUGGGACCGACGCGGCGCCAAACUCACCGAAGCACCGCCCAAGGUGCUGUUCUCUCCUCUUCCUGUCGUCCACGUCUUCGCCGUCGGCUGCGGCGACAGUUCCAAGAUGGCGGAGGGCGGGCGUUCCUCGUACUCGUGUCCCGUCUAUAAGAAGUCGCGCCGCACCGACCUCAACUACGUGUUCAGUCUGAGUCUCCGCUCCAGCCGACCCCCCCAGCACUGGACCCUGAGGGGCACCGCUCUGCUCUGUGACUGCACCUGA